AGCAGAUUAUGGGUGUUAAUUUUCACCAGUUGAGUCUCUGAUAUCUACUUAUAAUUUAAAUUGUCUGCAGAGGGAGAAGAGGAGGAGGAGGAGGAGGAGGAUGAAGAAGAGUAGGAAGAGAAGUCAGGACUUUGGUUUUCAUUCCCUGCACUGUUCAUAAAAAUGUACCAACAGGCCGACUGAGAAACAAUCCCAAGAAAACAUGCAAUCCAUUUAACCGCAAGUGAAGAGCCCUUAAGCAAGGCAUUAAAACACUCUUGUGGGACUUGUGGGAGAAGAAAGACAGACAGUUUGCUCAUCUAGAUUCAGGCUGACUUCUGCAGACUCGAACUCAAAGUUAAAAUCUGCAAGCAUAUUUACGACAAGAGCACUUUGGUCAGUGCAAAUGUGCUUCACGGAAAAAUCGCAAAGACGAUAAUGAAAAUGACUUAAAUGCUGUGGGACGGACUGGCGGCCAGGCAGCAGCGGGUCCUGGUUUAUACUGCACAGUGACAAAUACAAUUUCCAGGAAGUAAAAGCGUGAAUCAACGGAGAGUGAUUACUAGCCAAGCUGACAAACACAUCACAGUUUUCAUCUAAACAGAGUGUGAUUGUCCUGAUCAUGACCUCAACUCGUACCUACACGCCACCCACAGCGCAUUUGAAAAUAACACUGUUUAAACCAAGCACACCUUCGUGUGAUGUAACCAAAAUACUGAAACUAUCACUGGAAGUGCAUUUCUCCUACACUUAAAUGCUGCAGGUCUCAUCAGUGACGGUGGAGCAAAGAAAACGAAGAGCAACAAGUGGGUUUUUUGGUUAAGUGGGUGAUGAUAGGUGACGAGGAAGCCUUCGCGUUACCAUGUUUGGCCCUGCGCUACAAACCUGCCCGAUACGUGUGUCAUUCUAUCCGUGGGUGAGCUGAUGCUGAUUGGUCGGCGGUGGUUGCAGGGCAGUUGCUAGGUCGCAGCUGUCUGCCAAGGCUAACAUGGAACGAGAGGGCUCGUUUAGGAGGAUUUCAAGGAGCCUCCACAGUAAACUGAGGCUGGGCAGCGGCUCGUCCUCCAGCCUGACCGACCUCUCGCAGGCGAAAACCCCAGGAGGAGGAGGAGGAGGUGGAGGGGAUAAGGGAGGAAUAACUGGAGGACUGGCAGAGGAGUGCGGUAAGGACAAAGGGACCCAGCAGAGAAGAGCCGGGGCCAACGCCACCUGGAACAGCAUCCACAGCGCAGUGAUUUCAGUUUUCCAGAGGAAGGAUCUCGGGGAAAAUGAACUCUACACUCUGAAUGAAGGUGUCAGGCAGCUGCUGAAGACGGAGCUGGGAUCCUUCUUUACUGAGUACCUUCAGAACCAGCUGCUCACUAAAGGCAUGGUCAUACUGAGAGACAAGAUCCGCUUCUAUGAAGGACAGAAGUUGCUGGACUCCCUGGCGGACACAUGGGACUUCUUCUUUUGUGAUGUUCUGUCCAUGCUGCAGGCCAUCUUCUACCCUGUACAGGGGAAGGAGCCGUCAGUGCGUCAGUUGGCUCUGCUCCACUUCAGAAACAUCAUUACGCUCAACCUGAAACUGGACGAGGCUCUGUCUCGCCCCCGAGCCAGAGUUCCUGCUUCUAUCAUACAGAUGCUGCUAAUACUGCAGGGAGUCCAUGAAUCUAAAGGUGUAACCGAUGACUACCUCCGCCUGGAGUCUCUCAUCCAGAAGGUGGUCUCUCCCUACCUCGGGACUCAUGGGUUGUAUUCUAGAGAUGGCUCCUCUGGUUUGCACUGCUCCUCCUGCCUCUUAGAAAAGCGUCUGCAGCGCUCCUGGCCCUCCCGAGCAGGCAACUCGCCGGUGGCCAAGAACCCGGUGGUACGCUCCAAGAGCUACAACGUUCCCAUGCUGACCCCCGUGGUGGAGUAUGACGCCGACUCCUCCGCAGGAGGCAGCGCAGGUAUCAGAAGACACUCUGUCUCUGAGAUGAUGUCCUGCUUGGAGGAGAGCAGCUCUGAAUCCACACCCGCUACUGCCGCCGCCGCCGUCGCCACCACCAACAACGCCAGCCUUUCCAGCUACACUCCAGCUUUCACGGCUUCUGCUGCACUUUCAGACACUGUGACCUCCACCCAAGACCCCCGGCCCAGAGACGGCAGCGGUCCCGCUGGUCCUCCCCCUCUCCACCCGCAGCAUCACUCCCCCUCCAUCCUCCCCGAGCCUUCGCCAAUCGAGGACAGGCACUGCACGGGCUCGCUGGUGUCCAACUCCUCUGCGUCCUCCAGAGCGCUGGCCCAAGACACGAGCUCGGGUCCCAGUCCUUCGUCCAGUCCGGACAUCACGAUGGGCCACGUCCUGGAGUCUCUGGACUCCGAGCCAGAGCACGAUGGCAUUUUUUUGGACUUCUCAAGACAUUGUUCUGGUGGGUCGACGCACAGCAGAGGCAGCAACAGGCAGAGUGUGGCGUGACACACACACACACACACACACACACACACUGAUGGAUGCCGAGCCAUGACUGACAUUCCUCACACCCUGUGACGCCUCCUGCUGCUUUAUGGAGACUCUACAUCUUCAGGGAUUCUUUCAAACUCGCUGAUUUUUCAUAAGACUUGUAGAAGGCAGUCUGACCUCGUGUUGGCUGGUAAAAAUGUUAGAUAUGUUUUAAACUGUAUUCCCCCCAGUUGGAAACAUCAGCACAGACCUCUCUGGGAAUCACACAAAUCACUCGACGUUCAAACUAGACUACAGACGAGUGUUUUUGUUUUUCUUCGCUCUCUCAGAGGUGAUUUUUAGAGAUGAGUUAAGAUGACACCAGUACCUAAACACCUCUUCAGCACCAGGGCUUUAGCUGUCCAAAUCAAACUUUUACCAUUUCAAAUGUAAAGGAAACUGUCCAGUUUGUUGGUUGAACUUAUUUUAUUAAUCGAUGAGUAAAAUAUGAAUUUGAAUUUU